AUGAAACUGACAAAUGUGGACAGCCAAAAGAGCUUCAUUGUCACGCUGGUGCAUGCAAAAUGUGACUCGAUAGAAAGAAUUGAAUUAUGGGAUUCUUUACAUGCUCUAGCUGGAAAUAUGACUUUGCCAUGGAUCGUAGAGGGAGAUUUCAAUGUAAUAUGGGAUGAAGAAGAGAAAUUUGGUGGCCGGCCAGUGUCAUUGAAUGAACUAAAUGAUUUUCGAUAUUGUAUCAAUAACUAUAAUUUAUUUGAUCUUGGUUUCAAAGGGAGCAUCUAUACCUGGUGGAAUGCAUUAUCUAAGGCUCUAAAUGCUUUACACAUGAAUUUAUAUUUCUGUGGAUUUGGUUUGCCCAAGUGGAGUCCCAAAAUUAAUCAUUUGUUGUAUGCUGAUGAUACCAUCAUCUUAUCAUCCUCCGAUGCUAAUACACUGCUAUUGGUCAUGGAAGUCUUAGCUGCAUAUGAGAAAGCUUCUGGCCAACUGAUCAAUAAAAAUAAAUCUGCCAUAUACAUGCAUCACUCUACUAGUUCAAUUGUGUGGGAUGAGGAGAAGCUUAGAGAAAUUUUGCCAGAGGAACUUAUCAAUCAUAUUCUGGAAUAUGUUAAACUACCAGUUCUUCCGAAUAUGCUAGAUAAGCCUUAUUGGAUGUUGGAAACUGGGGGGAAUUUAGCUUGA